AUGUUUCUUGUUUUGUCCGACUCUGCAAGUGUUGAUGUUCAAGUAAUAAGCUUCUUCAAUGACCUUGAAGCCUUGUACGUUCUCUUUAGCAAGACACAAAGAAUCCAUGAUUUGUUCGAAGCUGUCCAACUGGAAGAGAACCUGAAAGUCCUUUCCCUAAAGAGACUUAAUACUGUUCGUUGGCAUUCACGCGAGUUGUGUCUAAAGGUCCUUCUCUCUCGUUAUGAUUGCAUUUUAAGUGUCCUGGAAACCGUUGCGUUGGACAGUUUAAUUGAUGGAAACCCACGAAAAACGAGCAUUGGCUUAUUGAAGCAGAUUCAAACAAAGCAGUUUCUGGCUACCGCGUACCUCUUUCGAGAAAUAUUUGCAUCCGCUGGUCCGCUAAGCCGAUAUUUACAACGCGUUCAUGUUGAUUUUGGAAAAGCCCUGGGUAUGGUCGAAAGCGCGAUUGACGAGCUCAAUGAAUUGUGUAAAGAACCGGAGCUGAUUAUCAGAUACGUCGAGCAAAAACACGACUCCCCCAGCGUGAUCUGGCAACAACCAAGAAUCAGACGUCGAAGACGAAUGGAUGAUGAAAAUGCCGAAGGCGAACCUGCUGAAACACCAGAAGAUCACUGGAAACGUAACACAUUUUACGUUUCUGUGGACACAAUCUUAAGGAGGCUCCCUACAGUUCCGUGCGGGAUGUUCGCGGGACAAGUACGUGAACUAUCCCACGCAACUGCAUGAUCAAAACAAAACAAAAAUUGACCAUGCUUUUUUAAAAAAUAAAGCUAUUUCUGAAAGGUUUCUAAUGGGAAAAAGCGUUGAAUAAUACUUCGUUUUGAGUGCCAAAUCACUUGCGAGUCUAUACAGCAAUUCUACAUAUGAUACGAAUAUCACUAGACCAAAAAAUAGCUACGAAACAAUAUUUUAAUUUUUUUAUACACUGUCAACUGACUCAACUGUAAAACAUUUGCAAAAUUGCAUACAAACGUUUAAAAAGUUGUUUACUUCUCAAGAAAACAGUCACGUUUUUAGUCGUGUUUCUACAAGAUUAAAGUGAUUAUAUGUAAACAGAAAAAUAUUUCAGUUUCAUAGCCUAAUUGUUCAUUUUUAGCAAAAAGUACAAAACCAAACAUGAAACAAAAAAACACGUCCACCUGUUAAUAGGCUGUUACAGCUCAUAGAUUGAGUAAACGGCAGGAUUCAAUUAGCUUCAACCUUGUUUUCAUCGAUUUAAUCCUUCAUAAUAAUCCUUGGCUGUCCGUAGCACUCAAAUAAAUCGAAAAGUUGACAAAAACAAAACAGUAAAAACAACAUUGCGGCUCGAUUUUGCUGAAUGAAAACUCGUUCUGCGCCCGCGUACAAUUUUUUACUAGUCAGCGACGCUUUUCAAUAGGGGAAUUUCUUGAGUUACACAAGGCUAUUUUCUAACUUUAUUUGCAUUUUACUCAUUAGUUUCAUCGGUGACCUAUCUUCAAAUUUUGACCACGAAUUUAUUUUGCGGUAAAUUUUAUAGAUUUCAAAUUUUAAAAAAAUCUGUAGUGUGGAAAUUUCGCAAUAAAUUUUUCGCUUUUAAAAAAAUCACACACUACAGAAUUUUUUUAAACUUUCACCACAGUUGCAGAGCAUCAUUCCUUAUUGAUACAUGAAAUAAAAAAGAUAGGUCACCGACAUCGUUUUUGAGAUAGCGGCACAUUUAUGGGUUAAAUUGGAAGGCUUUAUGCUGUCGUCAUGUUGCCAUGGGAACAUUGACAUCAUCGAAAUCUAGUUCGAAAUAUUCCUUAGGUGACCAAUAUUACCACUAAGUCGAAAAGAAUUCGCGUUCUGCACGAAUAAGCCUGUUUUACGGAAUGAUUGCUUAAACAAGAAAACUGUAGGGAGCCACCUUAAAUUGGUUAAAUCUCUCUCAACCACAGCUGAAUAUCAAUUUACAGUUUGACUUAAGAAACGUUUGAAGUUAUGAGCUAGCAUUGCUGUUCCUCAUUAGUUGAGGUGAAGACCAUACUUAUUAAGCUGCAAUUUGCUAAUAAUAUUAUGUUUUAUAAGUCCCCAAUUGUGUUUCAGGCAAAGAUUUUCUAAUUUCUCAUUACAUUCAAAAUGUUUUGAUUAAUACUGUCAAGGAGUGUCAAGACGAAUUUUUAGCUCAGUUCUUCUGCUCAUUGCCUGGAUUUUCAUGUUAAUUGUUAACAACUUAUCACAGCAAAUUUUAUCACUGCACAUUUUAGUUUUAUCACUGCACAAAUUGGUUAUCACUGCACACUAAAAUUAGGUAUGCCAAUUGUAUAAAAAUAUAAUAUGUAUGCUCAAAUAAAAUGAAUAAUCUAAUAUUUAGGCAUUUUAGAUUGAUAUAAAAGAGUCAAAUAAAGUAUUUCAUCUUUGGUUGUUUGUCAGACAAGAGUAAACACAUUGGUGACACUUUGUUGCACAUGCAGUUUUCAAAAGAUAAACUGCUAAAAAUAUAGCUUUUAUUUCACCAAAUAGCAAAGUAUCUUGCAGAUAUUAUUAAAAGAGCUCAAGCGAAGUAAUUCCAUGAUAAAUAAGUGAACAAUGAGACCAAAAAAGCGACUAAAUUACAAUUUUGGAAAGUACAUUAAUUGAAUGGCUUCCCGCAAAAGAAGCCAUUUCAGAGAAGAACGGCAUUUUGUAAACCACUGUCCUGACCUAUUUUGGAACUUUUCCUUAGGUAAUCGACGAGUACUUCUUAGAAAAUGAGCGUGCAUUAAUUUUAUGAUGUGCUUUAUUGAUUUAAAAAUUUUAUGGGGAUAUACGGAAGCAAUAAAGAGUAUUUUGGAAGCUUUUCAAAUCCCUGUCAUGAAGGUUCAGAAUUUGCACGUGCCAAGUAACAGCAUAAUUCAAUACACUGAUUUUAAACCACAUUAUCUCUGAAAUGAGAGCUCGUUUCGAGACAAAAUUUAUAGAAACAGAUACAGUAUUCAUUGUAGAAUAUUCUACUUAGUUUUAAUGCGGUUUUACUCGAAAUUUUUCUUGCCAAAAAUGUAUAUACGCACACGACAAGUUGAACCUACUGUCUUCUGAAAGUACUUUGACUAAAAUAACAACUUGAGCAAGAAGACCAACGGUAGGGUCACGAAAACAGUCGAAAUCAUGCCAUAAAAUGUACGAAAAGUUCUUCUAAAAACUUAGUUUUAAACCAGAUUGAACUUGCUUUAAUGCUAUAUCGAAUUUCAUGAAAACAUGCCAGGUAUUUUCAUUCAAAAACACGCUCAACAAAAUCGUAACUACUCACUUGGAUUUAGUGUUCAUGUUUCUUGCGAUUUCCCACUUCCGUUAGAUUGAAAGAAAUUGCUGUUUUUCUGGCUGAAAAUCGCGCGACUUGAUUUGGACAAGAACUUGACUUGAAACAUAUGCACACUCCCUUAUGUUUUACAAUAUAUUUUAUAUGUAAAAGUCUUUAAAAACCUCUUCUUUUUCAUCCUUAAAACUUGCUGCAAAGUCCCAUCUUGUGACACUUUGCGGUUGUAACAGGUUUUGUAAAAAAAUAGAGUUUUAAAAUCGAAAAUCUUCGCAAACUUUUUAUCAAUUUUCUCGCAUGAUGUAUCGUUUGAAAGCCCGAAUUUUGCACUUUGUACUUGUGACCGUUGCUAGGCAACCCGAUAAAUACGCGCUAGACAAUCGUGCCCGGAAGUUGAUGUGACGCCCAGGGCGCAUGAGGGCGCAAUGAGACUUACCCCGUUCCCAAUUCCAGGGCGCAUGGGGGCGCAAUGAGACUUAAUGAGUUAAUUAAGUUUGAAAACUGCAACUGUCAUCUAUGACGAAUUAGUUUGCUUGCACAAUUAUUUGUAAAUGCUAUUUAUAUUAAUUUAAUCGUUUUCUGUUAUAAUUUGAACUUGAAAAUGAGGUCAAGAUAACUUCGAAACUUCAUUCUUAAAUAAAUUUGUUAUCGCUAUCAUAUUUGUCUAAAUCUAUAUCAAAAAGUUUAUUGAUAAAACCAGGGGGUGUGAAAAUUGUAGCAGGCUCAGAAUUGAGCCUGGUCAGUGGUAAUUCCAUGAGCCGGAGGAACCAUUUGUCAUGGAAAUGGCGUCAUAUGGCGCGCAAAAAUCCGUCAUGUUUUUGCAAACACCUUUUUUGCCGGACACUCCUCCAGUAAUAUUAUAGCGCAUAUUUGGAAUCAAGUUCAAUUAUACUUUGCAUCUCCUUCAGGCCAUAGUGCUGACCUUAUGGCCCUUCCCUCCAAUGUUUGGUGUUCUCUUGCCAAUACUCCUCUGCCCUUCUUUUCCCCCUAUCCUGUUCCUGGCGCAGCCGGAGUUAAUCUAUUUGCUCAAUCUCCUCUUCAGAACCCUGAAAUCUUUUCCAAGCCCUAUGCUUUCCCCCCUAUCAUUCUCAUACCAACUCUCUUACAUUUCCUCUCCCAACAUGGCAUUUAAUGUACUUUGGUUAUACCCGAUGUUCAUCCUCGCCGGUUUUGGUGGCCUUGCUUGUGUCGCUAUAAAUCUAGGUUGUUAGGAACACAAGGUUCCCAGGGCAUCAUCCUGCCUCCCACUUCCUCUGGAUUCUCACAUAAUUUUCCUUUGCUGUGGGACCUGUGGGCCUUUUCCUUCACACCCUGUUUUCCUUCCACUGUUGGGUGAUCCUGAAUAACAGCAACUGGUCAAUUUACCACGGUCGUCCACCACAUUCAUCACAGUGACUUUAACGAUAUUGUAUUGCUUUACGUUAGUGUGACAUUAUAUCACAACACUGUUAUCAUAGUAACGUUUCUGAUAUUGUAUUAAUUUAUCCUGAUGUACUAAAAUAUAUCAAAACACUGUUUGUAUCUUGGUCUAAUUUUAGGACCUACCUCUGGUAGCAUGUCUUUUCGUUCCCACUGUUGGCUGUCCUGAAUGUCAUUAUGCCAACGACCAUACCUUCCGUUUUUGCCCAAAUUGUGGUUAUGUUAGGAAAUUGGCUUUUCUUCCGCCGCCCUCCGUUGUGCAUAAUAAUAAUAAUAUUUAAAAUUUAUAUAGCACAAAAUACAUAUGUAUAUGAUCUAAUGUGCUUAUACAGUUGACAGCUAUCGACCAGCAUAUCCAUUCUUUGCAAUCGCAGCAAAAGUCAACUGCAUAUUCCAAGCAAAAGUUAUCUUUAAAAGAAGAAUUGCGCUCGUUUUUGCAUGCUCUCCCUGGCUGUAAAACAAUCUCUAAUGCCGUUCCCCUUGAUGUGUGCCGCUUUCUAGUCUACAAGGACUCUCGGGGUAAAACCCAAACCCACCAUACUGAGUGUCUCCAUUUUGGUCAAAAAGGCAUUUUCCAAUGCAGCUGUCCUGUGUGUUUAGCCUAUACUACCGUCAACUCUUACAUUGGCAAGUUGCAAGCAAUUUUUGCCAAUGCCGGCUGUCAGGGCGAUUGGAAUCGUGCAUUCCUACUUGGUAAUCCAGCAUCUGUUGACCUGGUAAAACAACAUUUAAAAGCUGUCACUGCUGAGCAGUUACAAACCCACAUCACACCAAAGCAAACUACCCGUUUAUUUCCAGACAAGUUGCCGAAGCCCUCAUACUGCUGAUUACUAUCUCCAACUCGCUUAUGUCAUCAGAGCUGGAGCUCCUGCAGAACUCCUCGCAAGUUGUCCUUCUACUGCUCAGGAAACUCAAUGA